ACAGCGUUCCUUCGGGUUGGGGAAAUCAAAGUGUCACGUGAUGGGAUCGACAGAUAAGGACGCCAUCUCUCUCUCUCUCUCUCUCUCUCUCUCUCUCUCUCUCUGUCUUCUCUCUCUAAACUGGCCUCGCCGCCUUCUUCUAACCAGCCUUCUUUCUACCUCUCCUUUUAGCCUCUAUUUAUGCUGCUGCUCUACGACCCUCUUCUUUGGAAUCAGAAAGACCAGCAGAAACACCGAGAAGAGGAAGCUCCUGUCGUUUAUAAUGGCGAUCGAUCAGGAGCCCCCCUUCCAAGACCUCAAUGUCAAGAACAGACGAGCCAUGGGAGAUGGAGGACCGGAGGAUGACAGCCGCUGGCCUCGGUGGCUGCGGCCGCUGCUGACGACGAGGUUCUUCUGCCACUGCAACCUCCACGGAGAUUCCCCCAAGAGCGAGUGUAACAGGUACUGUCUCGAUUGCACCAACGGCGCCCUCUGCUCGCACUGCCUCGCCUACCACUGCGACCAUCGCACCAUCCAGAUACGUCGAUCAUCCUACCACGACGUGAUCAGAGUGUCCGAGAUCCAGAAGGUGUUGGACAUUACCGGCGUGCAGACGUACAUCAUCAACAGCGCCCGCGUGGUGUUCCUCAACGAGCGUCCCCAGCUGAGGCCCUGCAAGGGCGUCACCAACACCUGCAGUGUCUGCGAGCGCAGACUCCUCGACUCUUUCCGCUUCUGUUCCCUCGGCUGCAAGGUCUGCUUCCUCAUCGAUUCCGUCGAUUUCCGUUGGUUUUCGUGUCUUUCCGACUCGGUCACGGGAUGUUGCGAGCAACCGUUUGUGGGAAUGCUGGUUCAGAUCGCCGGCACCCGCAACGGCCGCGGCGAGAAGAAGUCGACGAACAAGAACGAAAUGGCGGCGGCAUCGGACUCGGAGGAGUCCCACACUAGCUCCAGCCACGUGACGCAGAGCUUCAGUCCCUCUACCCCGCCGCCGGCCGUCGUGAGCUACCGGAGCUCAAAGAGCAGGAAGGGCAUUCCCCGCAGGGCUCCCUUUGGAAGCGUCCUAAUGGAGUUGUAGGCCAUGCAUCUCUCGUGUUACCACCAGCAGUUACCACCAAUAAUACACAGCAUAAGGCUAUCCAUUCACGUAGUUAGUCUCGUGUGAGCAGCUCACGGUGACUAGAUUCUGAAAGAGGUAUGCUACGAGGAUGCAUGUCAGAACCUGCAACUUUUCGUGGUGAAGCGGAGUAAGAAUGGACCUGCAUCGCAUCCUAAUCGAAGAAAAGGGUAAACUGCUGAAGCUUUAGAUUAGAUAGUCGGCUGCGGUUGCUGCAGUACAUGGUUGUGAUGGUUGGUUAGGAGGGAGAAGGAUGGAUUGAUGAAGGGGGGAAAUGGGUGUGUGUCCAGGAUAGGAAUGUGGAAUAAAUUGCAGAGCUUGUCUGCUUCUUGGUGUG